UUCAUCACAUUUUUAAAAUGGCGGCAUUCUGCACGGGCAGUGAGCGUACUUUUCGGAGAUGAAAUUUAUAUCUCUUCAAGCUCUAUGAACAAAUUUCGCUCACUAUGAUUGAAGUUUGUUCUUUAAAACGUAUAAUAUUUCUCACCGUCUUCUUGAUUGGGGCAUGCCUGAUGAUCCUGACCUUGGAGAGCAUUCUGUCAGAUCACGAUGGAAAUCACAACAUGUCCAACUCGUCAGAGGGUUGCUGGGAAAGAGAGGACUAUGUAGUGAAGCAGAAAUGUGUUCCAUGCACAGAGUUUGAAAGGGCUAGCAAGCACCUCCCCGUUUGCAUCCAGUCAAAGUACAAGGAGCUGGUCACUUGCAAGGCCUCUGGCGAUGCUUAUCGCAAGUGCGAGAACGAGAACGAGGCCCAGCGGUUCUGGAUCUUUGAGGGCAGCGUGCUGGUCACGGGACUCUUCAGCUCCCUCUCCGUCGUGUUUCGACGGAAGCACCUGGACCGCAAGAUGAUGGAGCGCAUUCAGCAGCAAGUUGCAGCCGGAGUCUGAUUACCCCCCUCCACGAGACGCAACGUUGCCCGAGUGCGAGCGCCGUUCAAGGAACCCCCGGUUUUGUCAAUGGGCUUAUUUAUUUGGUCGGGGAUGUAAUAAACCCACUUUGCGGAUGUCCGUCCCUUUAAACGAGGCUCCGAUAAGUUGCGUAGCGACGCAACGAAAACGUCACUCGACGGCAGCACUGCAUAACGUGCAGCCCACGAGUGGUUUUUGUGCAGCCCGCGGCUCCAUCCUUAGCUCGCUAGCCCAAGAAGUGUGCGGGCAAAGCGUUAAAUCAGGCUGAGUGCACAUUAAAUCGUUUGUGGUUGUUUCCACCACGUAUGCGCACAGGCUUUUGGGUUGCGGCACAUGAUCACAACAGUUAAUAAUUGACUAGGUGUUGUCUAACCAGUGUGUUGUGCCAUUCUCCGAAACAGGUAUCAGCGAGGGAAAUGCCACAAGUGUCGAACCCAAUUUCGUUUAAAAGCUGAAAUUCAAUUGCUUUAGGAAGACAUAAACCUACUUCACCGUGCACCAUAAAGUACCUAGUUCAAGGACAUUUCCUACCGGCACGAAUGCCAAUGUGCAUGUCGAGCACACACACAGGCCUGCCAAAAAUAUGCUUUCGUUGCACCAAAGGGAGUAGCUAGUGUUUUCUUGAGUUCGUCCAAACAUCACAUAUUUGCAGAGAAUUGGGUCGUCGUAGUUGGUGAGAGUGCUACUCACCACACCACACAAAAUGGAAACCCCGUAGUACUGAGUGAUUGGCCAGAAUAAUCCUCUUUUUCUAAGCAGCAAGAAGAUCGCAACAUCCAGCGAAGUCUCGUAGCAGGAGAACAUUGGAAAUGCACGACUCCUUUCUAUCAUUUAACUCCAACAUAGGUACAUAAUUUCUUUAAAAAAAAAAAUCUUUUUUUUUUAGUUCUUACGACACUUUUUCAAAUUUAUUCGAAUACAUAGAACCAUUUUAUAGCAUUUUCCUCUAGAUACAGCAUUCUGUGAUGCAUUAAGAAAGCAGAGCCGCGCACUUAUGAUUCUGGGUAUUGUCAGAGUGUGGACAAUAAAAAAAACCUGCAGCAUUUUUUUGUUGCGCAGCAGCCCCA